AUGGUGCUGCCUCGCUUCAGAGCGACAUCCGGUCGCAUUCAUCUUUUCAACUUAUCUCCUGCACAUAACUCUCAGAAAAAUCAAAAACGCGUCGGUCGUGGUGACGGUUCCAAGCGUGGUGGAACCUCUGGGAAGGGUAACAAGGGUCAGAAAGCGCGUUCUGGUAAUGGCAAACCGAGGCUCGGGUUUGAGGGAGGACAAACGACUAUCUUGAAGCGGAUCCCCAAGAAGGGGUUUACGAACCCUUCGGAGAAGACUUGGGCACCCAUCAACCUUGACCGUUUGCAGCACUGGAUAGACCAAGGUCGGAUUACUUCGACACCGGAGAAGCCGAUUACAGCUCGAGAGCUCUUGCUGAGCGGUUGCGUUCAUAACGUGCACGAUGGUAUAAAGCUUCUUGGAGACGGAGCAGAACAGUUGAAAACACCUAUACACAUCGUACCUUCCCGCGCAUCCCAGUCUGCCAUCAAGGCAGUUGAAAAGCUUGGAGGGACGGUGUUCUGCAAGUAUUAUAAUGCACUCUCGCUUCGAGACUGUAUGAAGGGAAGAACAGACCGAUUAGAUGCUGCGCCAACUCGUAGGGAGGACAUUCAGUGGUAUAUGAACUGGCGUAAUCGGGGCUAUCUAUCAUCUCCUGCGCUAGCAAAGAACCCGCUGGUGAAUAGUCGAUGGAAGGCUGUCGCGGAGCAAUUGAGCAGAUACAAGACUGAGGAGUUUGAGAAACCUCGUCGAUAAUUACUAGAUAUUGCUAAUUAUGCUACUAAUAU